AUGGCAAAUUCUAAAAAUGAAACUAGUGAAUUGGCUUUGCUAUCAAAUCUGUCAUGUAUCGAAGACAGCAAUGAAGUCGGGGUUGAGAAGGGGAAUGCUACGAGAACGGCGGACAUCAAGGACAAUCUUAGAGGAACAUGGUCGAGGAAAUGUGACUUCAUUCUCUCGUGCGUCGGGUUAGCUGUCGGGCUCGGGAACAUCUGGAGGUUCCCAUACCUCUGCUACAAAAAUGGUGGUGGUGCCUUCCUCAUACCUUAUGGAACAUUCCUGGUGUUUGGUGGAAUUCCACUCUUCAUGCUUGAAAUAGCUUUAGGACAGUACAUGAGCCUAUCGGGACAUCACGCUUGGAACAUCUGUCCCGUGUUUCAAGGGAUAGGAAUAUCGAAUGUGGUCACGUGCUUCUUCAUGAAUAUGUAUUACAUCCUGGUACUAGCGUGGAGCGCCUACUACCUCGGUUUGAGUAUAACGUCAGUCCUUCCCUGGUCACACUGUAACAACACAUGGAAUACUCAGAGCUGUUCAAUAGAACAAGAGAAAAGGAAUUUCACCAAUGCUGUUGGAUCCUGUAGCAAUUCCACGUGUGACCCGAACUGGAUGAAACCUGUUGAUCCUGCUGUGGAAUUCUGGGAGCGGAAAGUUCUACAGAUGACAGCAGACAUCACGGACGGUGGUGGUAUAAUUUGGGAACUGGCAUUGUCUCUACUUGUAGUCUGGGUGUUGAUAUACUUCUGUGUGUGGAAGGGCGUAAAGUGGACUGGAAAGGUUGUGUACUUCACAGCUACUUUUCCCUACGUUAUACUACUUGUUCUAUUGGUUCGAGGUCUGUCACUAGAUGGCGCCUCUGAUGGUUUGGUGUUCUACCUGAAGCCGGACAUAUCACGACUUGCUGACAUUCAGGUGUGGAUAGACGGGGGAACCCAAGUGUUUUUCUCGUAUGCAGUUGCUAUUGGUGCCACUAUAACGCUAGGAAGUUACAACAAAUUCUCCAACAACUUUUACAAGUACUUUGUUGGCGAAAAUUAUCCAGAAAAUCCACUUGGACAAAGCUUCAGUGGUUCCCGUGGCACCCAUUUGUACAACUCAGUCGUGGUUUUCUCCGCUCCUAUAAAUGGUAUCAGCACAAAGCUUCAUACUUCCUCCAACAAGACGAAGUCUAUCUCUGCCAACAAACCCGGAAAAGCAAUACCCUCUAAAAACGAUGAGGUUGGGGCUUUCAAGUUAUCGGGAAAAACCCUCAGUGGCCGAGGCUUACUAGAGGACGCUUCCGAUAUCAUCCUCUCAGCCUGGAGACAGUCGACUCAAAAGCAAUAUGGGAGUUAUAUCAACAGCUGGAUGCUGUUUUGUAAUGAGAGGUCGUGUUCUCCACUCACAGCAUCUGCCGAAGACUGCUUCCUGAUAGCAUGCAUCAACACAGGCACCAGUUUGGUUGGCGGUUUAGCCGUCUUCUCCGUUCUGGGUUUCAUGGCGAAGCAACAUAAUACACCCAUAUCGGAGGUUGCCGACGCUGGGCCCGGACUCGUCUUCGUUGUGUAUCCCAAGGCUGUAACACAGAUGUCGAUUUCCCCUCUCUGGUCGGUUCUUUUCUUCUUUAUGGUAAUUCUAAUUGGAAUGGAUAGCCAGUUUGUUGCCGUUGAAUCGGUCAUCACCCCUAUCGUGGAUUAUUUCCCAAAGUAUCUUCAAAGGCAGAAUCCCCGGAUGUUGUUCGUGGCUGUUUACUGUUGCGUGUCGUACCUGGUGGGACUAUCCAUGGUGUCUAGGGGUGGUAUGUAUAUCUUUCAACUGUUCGAUUACUACUCCGCCAGUGGGAUGGUUCUGUUAUGGACCAGUUUCCUGGAGACGGUCGCCAUAAGUUGGGUGUUUGGUGUCGAUCGAUUUUAUGACGCUAUAGAGAUGAUGAUUGGUUACCGGAUCAGUCCUUAUCUGAGGAUUUGUUGGAAAUACCUGACUCCUUUGUUAUCCCUGGGAUUGUUUGUCACCGAGGCGGUUUUGUUCCGACCUCUUACGUAUAACACGACGUACCAGUACCCGGGGUGGGCCCAGGCGCUCGGUGUCAUGUUGGCCGUCUCUGCUAUGUUGUGUGUUCCAGUCUACGGGAUCGCAAAACUUACCAUUGCGUCCGGGCCACUAACGGAGCGAUGGCACGUGGUCACAACACCAAUUCUCAAAAAGCAUCAGUUACACCCGAACUGGACUGCGUGCAACCGGAAAGGAGAACUUGAGAAUCCAGAACUCUCAUAAUAUCCAACGAUAUUUCCGUGGCUGUGGACACAUUGAUUUAGAUAAUCUUUAAUACUAUAAAAUUUCAGACUUUGAUAGGUCAAUACGAGGUGUUUAUUAUUAUCAUGUUAAUAAAACCACGCAUCGACUGAUAUAGAAAAACUAUUAUAGCCGGAUUAUAUAAUUACAACUAUAAGCUAUUAAAUGUUCACGAUGUAUGUACCCUUAUAAAGAGACUACAAAAUAUAUGCUAUUACAUGUUAUAUACAAAACACAAUCCAUAUAGUAAAAUUUAAUGAAUAUCAUUCAAAAUAUUAAUUUGCUAAUGAUAAUAUCAUUCUCAAAGUUUCAAAGGCAUUUGCUUGUCGCUGUUGUAAUUUUACUAUGUUGGAUAAUGCUGUACAAUAAGUGAUUAAUAAUAAAUCAAUUUUUAA